UCCAAUGAAAAUGUGUGAUUAAUAACAAAUGACUAACGCGCGGCAAUGCGGGUUUUGACCAAACUCCGCUCAUUCAAGCUCUUGUUUAAGUUACACACAGUUUAGCGCUUGGUCUUUUAUUGCUUUCAAUUAAAAUUAAUUUUUAACCAUCCUGUGCGUUGGGGCGCUCCCUCGCUAUUGGGAAUACUAUCGCUAGUGCAGUGUAAAAAGCAAAUACAGCCGAAAUGGUUCAAGUGUCCCAGUUUUCCGAAUUGGUCCGAUAUUCACGCCCUAUGUUGACCGCAGCCGGUAUCUUCACCGUCGUGAUAAUGGUGGUGGGCGUCCUGGGGAAUUUAUUAACACUUGUGGCAUUACUGCGACAUUCUAAACUUCGAACUGUAGCAGCCGCUUUCAUAGCAAGCCUCUGCAUCUCCGACCUCCUGUUCUGCUUUCUAGUCCUGCCGUUCUCCGCCAGCCAGUUCUUCCACGGCGCUUGGAUCCACGGCGACGUCCUCUGCGUCAUGAUCCCGACGUUGCGCUACGGCAGCGUCGGCGUCUCCUUGCUCAGCGUAGCCUCCAUUUCGAUCAACCGGUACAUACUCAUAGCCUGGCCCCACUUGUACCAAAAAAUAUACUCCAGGUUGAAAGUGGCGAUAUACAUAAGUUUGAUAUGGAUCUUCAGCUACGGGUUGCAAAUCCCCAUCUUGUUAGGCAAGUGGGGGGUGUAUGGGAUGGACAAGAAGCUGGGCACCUGCUCAAUCAAUAAGGACGAGCACGGACACAGCUCGAAGACGGCGCUGUUCGUCAUAGGUUUUGCCCUGCCUUGCAUCAUCAUAGUGAUAUGCUACGCUAAAAUCUACUGGGUGGUGAGACAGUCACACAAGAAGUUACAGCAGCACAACACUGGAAACAAGUACAAACGGAGCGAGAUGAGGAUCACCAAAAUGGUGCUGGUUAUAUUCCUUUGCUUCGUGGUAUGCUACCUACCCAUAACUCUAGUGAAAAUCUUCGAUCAGGAAGUGAAACAGCCGCUUUUGCAUGUGGUGGGCUACCUGUUGAUUUAUUUGUCCAGUUGUGUUAACCCUGUGGUAUAUGUGACGAUGAACAAACAGUACAGGGUUGCGUAUUUGGAGACAUUACGGUGUAAAUAUAACAGUAAUUUGGAUUCUCAGCAAACUCAACCGCCUCAGAGUAAGACUCACAAUAUGUCUGUGACUUAUUUGAAAAAUAUGGUUAGCCAGUCGCCGAAGGUUUAGGUUAUUUGUUGAUAUUCCUUUGAGAGAAUGCAGCAAUGCAGCGAGGAUUAGACUGAAGCUUUUUUCAUAUCAAACGACAAUUCAUGAUCGUUGAAUUUGAUAUAUUUUCUUCUACAAUAGUUCUCAAAUCAAAUAUCAACGAAAUAUGUCUAGAAGAAUAAUGCUAACAUCGAAUUGAGAUGUUUGAAGCCAAAAACAUGUAAAAUGUUACCAAAGGCUAUCUUUUUGUUUUCAUAAGAACUGACUACUAUUUAUGAUUCUCUUCCGCAGCAUAGUAUUUGUUAGUUGUGAAUGACUGUCAGUAUUCUAAGUUGGAAUGCCAAAUAUAGUUAAGAUAUUGCAAUAUAUUUAUUGUUAAAUAGUACAAAUAUUGUUUUUUUUUUACUUAGAAGUAGUUCCAGUAGGUUUAAGUAUGUGUACCGUGUUGGCUAAUCUAAUAUUACAACGCAGGAGACAGUGCGUUAAGACAAUAAGAAAAUUGUUAGAUCCUCUCUAUUUUUUUACUCAUUACAGAGCAAGUUUUGUAAUCUUGGAUUGGUCAGCCUGUACAGACAAGAUCUAGAGAUAUUACUUUGUUUUUAUGUUUUAAAGACAUCUAUUAAAACCUUAUAUUAAGGGACACUUUGAUAUUGUAAAUAUAUAUAAGUACGAAACAAUUUUUUUAUUAAACACUUAAAAAUGUUUACCUCAAAUAG